AUGAGGCGCCCGGCCGAGUUGGGAGCUGUUUUGUCUCACUCUGAGACACUCCCGCUGACUCUCCGGGGACCCACCGAGUGGCCAAGCUGGGUUGUGGAGCAGAACUUUUGGGGGGUCUCUUGAACAAGGCCCGCCUUCUCCCCACAAUGGACUUCCAGGAGGAUGGCCACCGCUGCCCCGUGAGGGCCGCGGCCCCCGGAACGUGCCCGUUGCUCUUCGCCGUGAGCACCGGGACGGUGCACUAUGUACCGAGGCCGGAACCAGGGGUGGCAGAGGCCUCAGGAGUUGCCCUGGACUCUGCCCCAAGGCUGGAUACCACCUUAAAGGACCCUUGCCAGAUGGAUAGCCAGCCCCAGGCGGAAGAAGGGGGGCAGCCGUCCUCCGUCAGCAGCUCGUGGAAAAGCGCGUCCCCCUGCAAAGGCAAGAGGGACCCCCAGCUGCCCGAGCCUCCCUGCGGGGAGGGAGGCCGGGGGGAGGAGGCCCACCCCCCAAGCCCCCUGGACGUCUCCCGCCUGCGCAGCUCCUCCGUGGAGAUCCGCGAGAAGGGCUCCGAGUUCCUGAAGGAAGAGCUCCGGAAGGCUCAGAAGGAACUGAAGCUGAAAGAUGAAGAGUGUGAAAGGUUGUCGAAAGUCCGGGAGCAGCUGGAGCAGGAGCUGGAGGAGCUGACGGCCAGCCUGUUUGAGGAAGCUCACAAGAUGGUGAGGGAAGCAAAUACAAAGCAAGCGGCAUCAGAAAAGCAGCUGAUGGAGGCUCGAGGGAAGAUUGACAUGCUGCAGGCGGAGGUGACGGCCCUGAAGGCCCUGGUGAUCACUUCCACCCCGUCCUCGCCCAACCGAGAGCUGCACCCCCAGCUCCUGAGCCCGUCCAAGGCCGUGUUCCGGAAGGGACACGCUCGCAACAAGAGCACCAGCGGCGCCCUCUGCCCGGCCGUCUGCCCGGCCACCGGCCACAGCAUCUCCUUGGAGCCCGUGGGCCACGAGUGCAAAGAGCCUGAGGUGCCCACUCUCCUCUCCUUACUGCUGUGCAUUGUCCCGGGGAAAGCCAUCCACAUCACUUAUGAGCCAGGCUGGCAGACCCUGAACUCGGAGUCUUCUUCCUUCUCCUCUUCCUCCUCCUCCUCCUCUUCUUCCUCUUCCUCCUCCUCUUGGCAGGUAACGCCCCAGGGAGGGUGGGCUCUUUUCCGCGGCCCAAGGAGGGGUUCACUCGCAUCCCCCCUCCAGCAGCAGCUGGCGUGUUGGGGGCCUGCUCUAGGGUCACCCCCUUGGGGGGCGGCUGGGGGCCCUGGAGGGCCCGGCUCUGGCCCUGGGUCCCAGCCUGUCUGGGGGUUCUCGCUCCGCAGGUGGGAGGAUCUUGACUUUUGGGAUCCUUUCUCUCCCUCAGAGGAGGGAGGAGGAGUUGCCGGGUGGACUUGGGCCCAGGGCUUCAGGGGGAUUAGUCUGGUGUAGAGGCAGGGAGACGCUCAGGGUCGAUGUGCUCCAAAGGGUCUGCCCAAGAUGGCUCGUCGGCCUAGACAACCUAGAAUGUGGG